AACCCUGUCUCUCCCAGGACCAUGAAGAAAUGCACGGUUCACCCUGAUGUGAUUGAGUAAUGUAUCCCUUUUUUCCCCCACCUGUCUCCCUGGACCUCAGUGCUCCCAGAUAUCUAAUCAAGCACGGUGUCUACGAUGGAGAACGAAAUAGCUACCAGCACUCCCUCUCCUCCUCCUGCUCCAGUGUCUCAAGACCCCAACAACAAUACCACUCCCUCUCACCAUGCCCCCCGCUUUGGCACCAUCAUCCCUAACCGCAUCUUUGUGGGAGGAAUUGAUUUCAAGACCAAUGAGAACGACCUGAGACGCUUCUUCUCCCAGCAUGGAGCGGUGAAGGAGGUGAAGAUUGUGAUUGACCGUACUGGGGUGUCAAAAGGAUAUGGCUUUGUUACCUUUGAGACCCAGGAGGAUACCGAGAGAAUCCUUCAUGAUGCUGACAGACUGUGCUUCCGGGACAAGAGGCUCAACAUCGGCCAGGCCGUCCGCAAGCAACAAGUGGGAGGGCACUCAAACAGCUUCUCUGUGUCCAGCCAUACUCCUACCAUGAUGCCCACCCCCUGUGGAACCAUGUACCUCACCACCUACGGGUACCCCUACACCUACCACAACGGAGUGGCUUACUUCCACACCCCAGAGAUGAGCCCCUCCGCCCCCUACCACUGGCCUUCCCACUCAGUACCUGGCUCUCCAGUCAUGCUGACCCACCAGCCUCCACCCAUCUACCAGCAGCCAGCCUACCACCACUACCAGGCCCCUACACAGUGUCACCCUAGUCACCUGCAAUGGAACGUUCCUCAGUCUCCAGUGCCCUCCAGCCCAGUGUUGUACAUGCAGCCCUCUGAGCUCCUGUACCAGCCCAUGGAGCAGCCCAGCGACGGGGGCUGUGUCCAGCCUGCCAUGCCCCUCAUAGAGGCCCCCAUCCCAGAGCAGCAGUUCAUCGACCACAUGGUGCAACCAGCCUACAAUCACACGAUAUCAUACUACCCACAAAGUCCAGGGGGAUGA